CAAUUAAUGGAUUCUGACAUGGAUUAUGAGAGGCCAAACGUAGAGACCAUCAAGUGCGUCGUGGUCGGGGACAACGCAGUCGGCAAGACCAGGCUCAUCUGUGCCCGUGCCUGCAAUGCCACCCUCACCCAAUACCAGCUGCUUGCCACCCAUGUGCCCACAGUCUGGGCCAUCGACCAGUACCGGGUGUGCCAAGAGGUGCUGGAACGCUCCCGGGAUGUAGUAGAUGAUGUCAGCGUGUCCCUUCGUCUCUGGGACACCUUUGGAGACCACCACAAAGACCGGCGCUUUGCUUACGGGAGAUCCGAUGUUGUGGUUCUUUGCUUCUCCAUUGCUAACCCCAAUUCCCUGCACCAUGUCAAGACCAUGUGGUACCCAGAAAUCAAGCACUUUUGUCCACGGGCUCCUGUUAUCUUAGUUGGAUGCCAGCUGGACCUACGCUACGCCGACUUGGAAGCCGUCAAUAGGGCCAGGCGCCCUUUGGCCAGGCCCAUCAAGCCAAAUGAAAUCCUGCCUCCUGAGAAGGGCAGGGAGGUAGCCAAGGAGCUGGGCAUCCCCUACUAUGAGACCAGCGUGGUAGCGCAAUUUGGCAUCAAAGACGUCUUUGACAAUGCCAUCCGGGCAGCCCUCAUUUCCCGCCGUCACCUGCAGUUCUGGAAAUCUCACCUACGAAAUGUCCAGCGCCCCCUGCUCCAGGCUCCGUUCCUCCCCCCUAAGCCUCCACCCCCCAUCAUUGUGGUCCCAGACCCCCCUUCCACCAGUGAGGAGUGUCCUGCCCACCUCCUGGAGGACCCUCUCUGUGCGGACGUCAUCCUGGUGCUGCAAGAGCGGGUGCGCAUCUUUGCCCACAAAAUCUACCUCUCCACCUCCUCCUCCAAGUUCUAUGACCUGUUCCUCAUGGACCUGAGUGAAGGAGAGCUGGGGGGGUCCUCCGGGUCAGGGGGCCCCCGCUUAGAGGAACCUCCAGGUCCCCCUGACCACCACCACCACCAUCACCACCACCACCACCACGGGAGGGACUUCUUGCUGCGGGCAGCCAGCUUUGACGUGUGCGAGAGCACAGAUGAGGGUGGGGGUCCCGGCCCGGCGGGGCUCCGCGCUUCCACCAGCGACGGGAUCCUUCGGGGCAACGGGGCCGGCUACCUGCUCGGUCGUGGCCGGGUGCUCUCGUCCUGGAGCCGAGCAUUCGUGAGCAUCCAGGAAGAGAUGGCGGACGACCCCCUCACCUACAAGUCACGGCUCAUGGUGGUGGUGAAGAUGGACGCUUCGAUCCAGCCUGGACCCUUCCGGGCCGUGCUCAAGUAUUUGUACACCGGCGAACUGGACGAGAACGAACGGGACCUCAUGCACAUCGCCCACAUCGCCGAACUGCUCGAAGUGUUUGAUCUGCGCAUGAUGGUUGCCAACAUCCUCAACCACGAGGCCUUCAUGAACCAAGAGAUCACUAAGGCCUUCCACGUCCGCAGGACCAACCGGGUCAAGGAGUGUCUAGCCAAAGGCACAUUUUCAGAUGUGACCUUCAUUCUGGAUGAUGGGACCAUCAGUGCCCACAAGCCGCUGCUGAUCUCCAGCUGUGACUGGAUGGCUGCCAUGUUUGGGGGGCCAUUUGUGGAAAGCUCAACAAGAGAGGUCAUGUUUCCUUACACCAGUAAGAGCUGUAUGCGGGCUGUGCUGGAAUACCUCUACACGGGCAUGUUCAGUGCUAGCCCUGACCUGGACGACAUGAAGCUGAUCAUCCUGGCUAACCGGCUGUGUUUGCCUCACCUGGUGGCCCUCACAGAACAAUACACGGUGACUGGGCUGAUGGAAGCCACGCAGAUGAUGGUAGACAUAGAUGGAGAUGUCCUUGUGUUCCUGGAACUGGCUCAGUUUCAUUGUGCAUACCAGUUGGCCGACUGGUGUCUCCAUCACAUUUGCACCAACUACAACAACGUAUGCCGGAAGUUCCCCCGGGAUAUGAAGGCCAUGUCUCCAGAAAACCAAGAAUACUUUGAGAAGCACCGGUGGCCACCUGUCUGGUACCUCAAAGAGGAAGAUCACUACCAGCGGGCCCGGAAAGAGCGAGAGAAGGAGGACUACCUCCAUUUGAAGCGGCAGCCUAAACGGAGAUGGCUCUUCUGGAAUGGCCCCUCUUCUCCUUCCUCUUCUGCAGCCUCCUCUUCAUCUCCCUCCUCUUCCUCAGCCGUAGUUUGAAAGCUGCCUCAACCCUCCCGGGACGACCCCAUUGUUAUCCCCUCCUAUCCACCUGCCCCAAGCCCCUCGGUCCUCCUUUAUCUGCAUUUCCACCCCUCUCCCCUCACCAGGGACAAGAGGACCUGAUCAAUUAGGCCCAUGAGGGUGGAGCAGAUAACACCAGCCAAACCAUCUCAAUGGAAGAAAGACCAGGCUCUGGUGAGAGGCAUGGAGACUAGCUGAGGAUGGAAAGGAGCCACAGCUUCCCAGGACUCCCCACAUGAGGCAUCAGGGAAAGCUAGCACCUCAGUUAUCCAUCCUCUUUCUUCCUAUUUGGAAAUUUGGAGCUCUAGUUGUGGCUGGAGAUCCAUGAGCCAAGGCAAUCCAAGACAUCUGGGUUUACAGGCAGUUGUGAUUUUCGUAGAGGGUUUAUUUUUUGAUUGGGGAAGAGGGUCCCAAAUUCCUUGGUGAGCGAGAGAACAAGGUUUCUCCCAGAACUGACUGUUUUCCCAAAGGACUUGGAGUUCAUAAAUGCAUUGGGGAAAAAUUUCACUUGGGGCCAAGUCAAGCACCCACCCAUCCCCUCAUUUGUAAAGCAGUGUAGGAAUUGUCCUCACUCCGUCACUAGAGCUGCUCCUCUUGAAGAGUGUCAAUGAAAAGGAAGAUGGUGGGAGAGCCAAGAGAGCCUUCUCCCUACCCAUCACCUAGGUAUCUUAGAGGUGGUUUUGUAAGUUCUUAGCAUCUGAACAGAGCUGUUCAGAGCUCCCCAGGCUAGAAAUGGUGAUGCCAAUGAGAGACUGGCACCCUGCUCACCUUCUUCCACAAGACCUAGAGAAAACUGUGUCACUGGAUAGAAACCAAUAGGUAGGAGUGAGUAGGACAGGAAGAAAAAAAGAGGAGUGAGAUUCUGUGUUCCACAACUACCCAUUCAUAGGACUUUGAGCUAGAAGGGGCCAUAGAGAUGAUCUAGUCCAACAUUUUACAAGUGAGGAAAAUUGGGGCCUAGGGAAUUUAGGUGACUUAUCUAAGGUCACCCACGUUUGUGGUAGAGCUAGUAUUCAAACCCAAGUAGUCUGCCACUAUACCAUACCCUUCUCAACCUCUUGUCAGAGCCCUGCUUUUUGGGGGGUGGGGUGGGGGGAGGCAGAUAAAAGGGAAAUUACAACAAGGGGAGACAAGAAUGGCAAAAAAAAGUCUCCCCAUAAGUCCCCCACAAACUAUAGAAUGGAAAGCAGAAAAAAAUAUUUAUUUCAUAUUUAGCCAAACAAAAGCUGCUUAAGUCAAGGGAAAAGGGCACUGGGGAAGAAAGGGAAGAUUGGGUUAUGAGAACAGCUCCACAUCCCAUUCUCCAUGUGGAAAGGGAUUCAUCUCUAUUAUCUAGAGAGCCCUGAGGUCACUGACUGGAGUGAUUCACAUGGGCUCUGGGGGGAACGCUUGGCCCUUUGAGGCCAGGUGAUUGACACUUAUGUCUAUAAUGGCUUCCAUGUCCUCCCUGUCUGACCUUUUGGUUUUCCCUACCCUAAGAGUGAAGGUCACAUACCUGGUCUUUACUGGGUGGUAUCAUGGGGUAUUUAGUGGGUUGGGGGUAUUUUGGAGUUUCUAUUUAGAGGAGACAUCACCAUCAUCACCCCCAAUUUGGAAGAAUGAAAAAUAGUAUCAUAAUUAAGACAGGAAACCACCCUUUUGAGAAAUAGGGCAAAAUUGUGUUUCUAGGGAAGGAAAGGGUGUGAUAAUAGCAUCUGCAGCCCCCAUGGGGCAAAAGGAGGGCUGGCAAAAGCUCCUUUCUAAAUAUAAUUUUCCCUGCCCCUUUCCUUAGUAGCCUUUCUUUUGGCUAAUCUUUUUGGUAGCUGUAAGUUCUAAAUAGGGGCCUGAGGGUAGGUCAGGACCCUUCAGAAAUUGCCCCUUCUGAUAUCUAGGUCCUGGGUUGCACAGAGCUGAUACGAUGUCAGAGUCCAGAAAAAUGCUGAGAGGCUGGACUGACCAGCCUGUUUGAUUUAUUGUAGAGCAAGCCUUGUCCCAAAUGAACAGUGAAAACUGGGGGGACUACCAGAGCUCAGUUUUCCAUGUAUACUAUCUACCCAGGGCCCCUUUCCCAAGCUGACUGGUCACCUUGGUGAUGUUCUGCCCUCCACUGGCCACUCUCUUCCCUAGAUGCCCAGGCACAGGGGGAUCAGGCUGGUGCUACGUCAAUAAAUGCUGCUUUACCCUUAGUUUUUAAAAGAGGGCACUUAGAGGGUGUGGUGGGUACAAGCCUCCCUACAUAGGCAAAAAGGAGAAGUUGGGGGUGAGAUGUGUCAGGGAGGUUUCCAGAGAGUUGGCAGAUCUGUGUUUGGAGUAAGAGGAAGUGGGAGUCAGUUGAGGGAGAAAAAGAGACAUCCAGUCAAGUGAUUGGAGUUUCCUGAUUGGAAAAACAACUUCUUCCUUUUUUUCAAAGGCUCUUUUCCUAGGUAAGCCUAGAAGGAAAAGAGGGAAACAGACAUAACGCCCAAUGAAGGACAGUUACUCCCUCAGGGAUCCCUCUCCCCUUCUCCCCUGCUGUGUCCUCAGAGCCAAUUUCUAUCACCUUCUGGUCCAGUUUGUGGCCUGGGGUGCCAACCCAGCUGAACCAGCCCUUAGAGGGUGGACAAACUCUGACCCCUAGCAGCAAAGCAGAUAUACCUCUUUGCUGGGGGAAGAGAUGGAGACAUUGCCCUCACAUCUCCACGGGCUUUCAGAUGAAUUCAAAGAGCUGGCAAGAGUUCACGCAACUCACCCAUGCGGGGCAUGGAUGACUGAAUUACAGAAGAAAAGGAGGACUGAUGCUACUCAUUGGGAGGUGGGAGGGAAGGAGGAGAAAAAAACAACACCCUCUUUUUAUACAAGGUUUCAUAUUUAAUUUGAUCAUAAAUUCAUAAAUACAUGACUAUUUUGUACAACAA